AAAAAAAAACCCCGGAAAAACGGGAUAUAAGAAAGUCACUGUGAGAAAAAGCAAAAUAAAGAAAAAUAAUAUACAAUCUUAAUUGUUAGAAAAAGGAAAUAGCUUUAGUUAAAAAAAAUCUAUUACUAUAAAAAAGAAAAAAUACAGCCUAUCAUUCAUGGUUGAAAGUUAACAUUUUGAUGUCACUAUCAUUUCAGCAUACUUUUUUUGUUAACUUUGCCAAAUUUUGUCGAAAAUAAAGUAGUUUUUAUUUUCGGACCAAUUUUGGCCUAAAAUAACAUUUAAGUGUCAAAAAAGCAAAAUUUUGAUGUCACCAUCAUGUUCGGCAUACUUUUUUGUUAACUUUGUCAAAUUUUGUCGAAAACAAAUACCAAUUUUGGCCGAUGACUUAGUAAUUAGAGAGUAUAGGUAUGAAGUUUAAAUUUGUGACGUUGCAAUUGAUCAUUUGGUUAGUUAGUUACGAGUUGGAAACACAUCCUCGCAGGCGAGACAGUAAAAAGAAAAUUAAGUGUGUAUAUGAUGUAACUAGCUAAAUAGAGAUCAAAUGGAGUCCCAAAAACUUUUUUAUGGCACUAUGGUGACUCUUAUUUAUACCACCUAGUGGACCAAAAACAUUUAAAGUUCAUUGUUGGAAAUUUUUAGAAUGCAUAAAAAACUUUCAUCAAAAUGUUAUAGAAACGAAAUAACGUAUCCUGCACUAUUUUUUAGACCAAAGAUGAAAAGUUGCAUAAACAUUACAUUGCUCCUGCUAAUGAUCUUGCAAAGAAUCUUCACAUUAGAAGAAUGCUUGCAAAAACCGUUGUUUUCAACAAAAACCCCUUACGGACUAAUUCAAAACCUGGAUAUUAGAGUAAAUAAACCUAAGGAUACAUGUGAAGUUAUUCAAAUUAACAUGAUUCAUCGACAUGGUAACCGCUAUCCUAGCUAUAAAGAUGUAAAAAACAUGAAUGUUGCUGGAGAAAAAAUUAACAAAGCUGCUGAGACUAUUACCACUGGUGUUAAUUUAAAAUUACCAUGGAAGAGUCCAUUUACAAAGCGGCAAGAUAAACUUCUGUCUCAUGUUGGUGAGAGAGAAUUAUUUCAGUUGGGCCAAAGAAUUCUUACUAGGUUUCCAUCUUUAUUCAAAGAUGGUUACUCACCAUUAAACUACAGCUUCCAAAGUUCUUGCAAGUUAAGGUGCACACACAGUGCUAAUGCUUUAGCUGCAGGUUUAUUUAAGGAAAAAGGAGUUCUAGGCGAAUGUGGAUACCAACCUAUUGCCAUUGAAACUUUCCCAUGCAAUAAUGAUCCGAAGCUUCGAUUUUUCAAGAUUUGCGAAAAGUAUAAAGUUGAUGUGGAAGAAAAUCAAUCUGCAAUGCAAGAAUUGACUAAGUUUAUGAAUGGGGUUGAAGUUAAGUCUGUUAUUGAGAAACUUUCAAUGAGACUUGGGCGUCCCAAUUUAAAUUUAAAUGCAAAUGAUAUGUGGGCACUAUCUACAGCUUGCGCUUAUGAAUUGGGAAUGUAUAAUGGUAGCUUAGAUUCAGGUGUUUGCUCCUUGUUUGAUCAACAGGAUCGACAGAUCAUGGAAUAUGCUUACGAUUUAAAACAUUUCUACAAGCGUUCUGCUGGGCACAAGAUCACAUAUGAAAGCAGUUGUCCAUUGCUUAAAGAUGUUAUUUACACGCUUGAUGACGCUAUUAACAACCCUUCAACAGCCUAUAAUGGUGUUUUUCGAUCCUCUCAUGCCGAAACCAUAAUACCCCUUUACGCAUUGUUAGGUGUGUUUUUGGACGAAAAGAAGUUAAAAGCUGAUAAUUUUGCUGAGAUGAAGUACAGACAAUUUCGUGGCGCAUGUAUUUCACCUUUUUCAGGGCAUAUGUAUUUUGUUUUAUACAAAUGUGACACAGGCUACAAGGUGCAAAUGUAUAUCAAUGAAAGACUUGCAAAAAUUCCAUGUUGUUCAUCUAAACUGAGUUGUGAUUUUGAAGUGUUUAGAAAAUGUUAUCAACAUAUAAUCGAUACAUGCGAGUUCAAAAAAAUGUGUAAAAUAGAAAAAAAUGAACUUUAGACAAAUCACUGUUUGUAAAAGUAUUUUUAUCUUUUUUAAAACUCGGGUGUUUUUAUAUAUAUGUUAUGGUUAGGCUUCAAUUGUAGUAUUUAUUAUUUUAUUUAAUUUUGAAUUUUUUGGAAUAUUAUAUUGGUAAAAAACUGUUUACUAUAAUUAUUGCAA